GCGGAGCGAAUUCAGGAAGUACUGGUGGUUUAAGUGAAGUAAAAAAACUUCCGAGUCUUCUGACAGCGGAAGGAGGAGUCGGGGGGUUGCCAUGCCUCUUCAAUUUUCUCUUUCAUAGAAAAGUGAAGGAGGCUUAAAGAGGGAUAAUAAAGAACUGGGAAUUUGAGGUAAAUGAAAAAGGGCACAUGGCAUAUCCCAAGUGUAUGGAGCUGCAGAGCAUUCGCUGCGUCCCGGACACAGACGCGGCAAUUGCCGAAGAUGAAAUUGGUGAGAACACAUGCCCCCGGAGUGAAGUCGGGGACAGAAGAACAGGCUGGAGAGGAAGAGAAAAAGAGCUUCUGUCUGGAAAGGUGACAGAGCUAGAGAGUUAGCUGCAGAGUCAAUCUGAAGAAAUAGCAGAAGCUGUUGAAAAAUGAUCAGAUGGGUGGUAUUAGCUAUAAUGAGGCGUCAGAGGUCACUAGGCUAGGUUUUUCCCACCACUUUUGAACUCGUUUGAUUUUUGUGUGAUCGUGUGUGAUUUCUGUGUGCUUUUUUCUGUGAUGUCUGUGUAUUUAGUUGUCAAGCAAAGGCAUAGCAUGUUAGCUGUAAAACCCAAAGGCAAACACACAGACACAGUCAGUCUGCAACUUCUCACAGCUUUUCAACUUGUUUUUGCAUGUAGUGGUAAAAAAUAAAAAUAGACGCAAACGCACAGAUACGCGUAGACCAUAUGGAAGCAACAUUACCUGUGUAUACCUACCUGCAAAACCUGCACUUACACACCCUAGACGGUUAAGCAGAUAUGGUGCAGGCGUUGAUGUAGACAUAGACUAAGAUGUUUUGACUAUAUCAGAUCGCACAUAGGUGGAACAGAAAGGACUGGCGCUCCCGUGGUGCAAGUUGUGCCACACACGGCGUCCCCCCCCCCCCCCCCCCCCCCCCCUCCGCAAGAUCCUGGAAAUCAUAGAACACAGAUUCUUGCAGUGUCCGGGGCCUGUCCCUAGAUGGCGAUGGUGGGACAGGAUCUGGAACCUGUUGGACACGAGAUAAAUCUGGCCAUGGGAUUGGAGGACGAUACUAUGUGAGGCGUGGACUUCCCCCUCGGGUAGUACCUUCGAAAACAAUAUGUUUAAGAUAGGGAGGAGAGCUGUUAUGUGGGCCAGAAGAUGGUAGAGACGCUGUAUAUAUGCCAUGGAGGGGGUCCUCAUAGCCGAGGAGGAAACGACAGACAUGGUUAAACAACCAUAUACACCAAGAACUUAUGGCACAAUGGCAGAAAGUUAAAAAUCAGGUGGAUCUGUUCCAGGCACAGAAAGAUAUAAAACAGACAAUUCAACAAUUUUCAAGGGACUGGCUGGGCAGCGAGAACGGGGGCCGGAUCGCCUUCAUUAAGUGGGAUGGUGGUCGCGCCCAGGAAGGCAAUGAAGGCACUAUGAAACAGACAAUUCAAAAAUUUUCAAGGGACUGGCUGGGCAGCGAGAACGGGGGGGGCCGGAUCGCCUUCAUCAAGUGGGAUGGUGGUCGCGCCCAGGAAGGCAAUGACGGCACCAAGAAAGGCAACCACGGGACGAUCAAGAGAUACUAUUAUAUCUGCUUCAGAGAUUGGACAAUGGUGGGCCAAGGGAUCCCGUUGCGGUCACCGUCGGACUUUCCCGACCCUUUCCCGCCUCAUCAGCUGACUAUGGCGGGACGUGCAAUGGUAUGGAGCGGAGUAAGUAAGACAGCAGCGGGUGGAUUGCGAAGGUGCCGGCAGACAAGCUGCUUCAUUAGGGUGUGACUGAGUCUAGGAAACUUCGUCCCUCCAGCUGAACCUGUUAUGGUCCCCUUCCCAGCCCUCUUUCCACCACCCCAACCACCCGCAUCUUCCGUUCACUACCACUAGCGCAAAUGGUUAGCGCCAAAAGGGAUGCUGGGCCGGGUUCCCAGCAUGAGACUCUGGUCUACCAACUCGAAUCGUCCUUCAGGGGACGCUGGACCGGGUUUACCAGCAGGUGCAGCUCCCCACCAAUAGACUGGAGUCCCUGCAAGACAGGUGGGAGUGUAUGCUCUUAUCAUCAGUACAGGGUUUCAAAAAAACAUAGACGGACAGAUAGCGACCUAUUCAAAUAAUUCCAAUGUGCACCCACCCUGAAUCACAGAGACGACCCGAUUCGUUUAGUCGGUGCUGACCAUGAUGUUUGUCCACGUGAGUUGCACACAUUUUAUGUCUUGUUUUUGGUUGUUUGUUUAUUUCUGUCGUUUUAUAGAAGUAGAUAUAUAUAUAGCCUCCUGAUGAGUCGGUGAAACUCCGACGAAACAGUUUGCCACAGCCCCUCGUUUGUUGUCCUCUUCUCUCUCUCUGCCUACGGUUUACCGGGCAGUUCUGUUUGUGACGAUAUAUAUAUAUAUAUAGAUUGGUGAGGAGGAUAGACAUAUUAGAAACGGACACACGCAGAUGUAUUCGUAUACUAGUGGGUGCGGACAACAAUGUUUGUCUCUGUCAGCUGCAUACAUUUUACGUCGUUCUUUUUUGUUAAUGUCGUUUCAUGUGCCUGCCUCUAGAAGUUGACAUAGAUAUUGACCGACAUUCGACAAUAGCAACAGACCUAUGCCUAUAGGCAUAGACAGACAGAUGCAGAUGUAUUCACAUUUCGAUGUGCACCCUCCUCCUCCAGAGCUCACAGGCAGCCAGAUUUCCUAUUGGUUAUCGAAUGUUGGAGUGGCAUGCCCGGUUACCGUUCAGCGAAUUUGGACCCGUUUCCCAAGAACUGAAAAGUGGGGUACUGAGGGGGUCCCCGUUGACCCCUUGCGCCUUUUUUUUUUUAUAGGUGUACCUGGACUGAAAAGUGCACCAAAUAUGGCUAUAAUGACCGGGCGUUCUAUUCGGGUGAAGACGGUAGGUUGGUCCGCCGUACCAUUCGGUGAUCCAACACAACAGUUUGAGGGUCUUUUUUAUCACAGGUUGGUUUUGGCCCCUACCGGUAGCCAUCGGAUUUGUGCAGGAUUCGAACUCUUGACCUACUUUAAGCUGCUUAGAACUUUUUUUUUUUUUUUUUUUUUUUUUUUUUUACAACUUUACAAACGGUUACAUGUGUGUACCGCUUAGGCACAUGGUGCCUGAGCUAAAUGUUAGAGGAGACUUUGGGUGGAGGGUCCUGGGAAUUCCUCCUCCUCCUCCUCCUCCUCCUCCUCCUCCUCCUUCCUCUUGAGGCAAAAGGAGAAAAAGAGAAGAGCUUGCAUUUUAUGUGUGGUCACUGUGGUGGGGGCCGUUGUGGUUGUAGCCGUGUAGGGAUGUUCCAGUAUUAAAAAUU